UACCUUCCAAACCCUCUUUAUCAUAAAAAGUGAAACACUACAAUUUCCAGUUCUGAUCUUACAAACUCUCAUGGGUACCAUCAAAAUUCUAUUUUGGUGCUUUUUGUUCGCCGGAAUCUUGUUUAUCCGACAAACCACCGCAAGAUUCAUUCACUUUAAUGGUAAAACAGAAACGGUGUCUUAUGUUUCCAAUCCACCUUUAUCAUCUGCUGCUGGAUAUGCAUCAUCUUCUUUGGCUCCAGAGCCGUCGUCUAAGGGGGAGGAGGAGAACGAUAAGAGUGGCGGCCACGAGGUUCAUACGGAAAACCAUCAUCACUCGGAUAAAUCUGUCGCUGGCGGUGGUGUGAUCAUUGGUGGUCUUGUUACGGCAGCUUUUGCAACUCUUUAUUGCUACAUUAAGGUUACGCGCAAAAGGGAUGGCAAAUAGGAUUAAUGCUUAAGUUGUUAUUGUAUCUUUUUUUCUAGGAUAUAGUUAUUCAAGUCCCAUGAAAUUUAUAACAUCAAAUAUACCAUUUGAACAUAUAUGAUAAUGGUUUUUUUUUACCAUCUUGUUUUUUUCUAAUUUAGUAUAUAUACACGCAAGUGCGAAGUGUUGGAUUUUAGAAAGGUGUAAAAGUUAGUAAUUUGACUAAUAUAUAUGAAAUGUUAGUAUUUUACGGUUGAA